AUGACUUCACCUACCGUUACCAAGCCGGUGUUCGAGCACCAUCACAGUGGCCUCGGGGUGGAAUACUCCAGACCCAGAAUCUCAUGGCGAUUCGAGGCGAGUGAGUCCACCAUUGCUGACUGGCUUCAAACUGCGUACGAACUCGAAGUCAUUUUCGCUUCCGACAACAAACCCCGGACCUUCCGAGAAACGAGUGACCAGUCCGUUCUGGUACCAUGGCCUGCCAGAGAUCUUGCCUCACGAGAAUCCGCCUCAGUUCGUGUCCGAGUUUACGGAAAGAGCCUCUCGAACGAUACAUACAAGACCGAAGAGCCAAGCAAAUGGUCGGCGUCAGCGACUGUGGAAGCUGCUUUGCUUCAGCCGAAGGACUUCCAAGCAAACUUCAUCACGUCGGCCGAGCAAAUUGGUCCUCGCGGUCCCUUGAGACCCAUCAGAUUCCGCAAGGAGUUUGUGCUCCCCGAAGAUGUUGACCUCAGUUCGUCUUCGGCCCGGUUGUAUAUCACUUCCCUGGGUGUUUUCGAGGCAACUAUCAACGGAAAGCCAGUGACGGACGAGUGCAUGGCACCGGGAUGGACGAGCUACCGACAUCGACUGGUAUACCGCAUACUCGACGUCAAGAACCUUCUGUUACCUGGGCAGAAGAACACAAUCUGUGUUGAAGUCGGUGAGGGGUGGUAUGCUGGACGACUUGGCUUCAAGGGGGGCAUCCGAUUCAGAUACGGUGAUAUCAUCGGCCUCUUCGCACAACUGGAGGUCAGGGGCUCACCUUGCGAGCCCUGGGCACUGCUGUCGGAUGGCACCUGGUCUUCCUCCCCAAGCGCGAUCACGAACAGCGAGAUAUACGAUGGUGAGACCUACGACUCGAGAGAAGAGACGGAGGGAUGGAACCUCACGGACUCGAAGUGGUCCAGUGAAAUUGGAACCAAGAUACUACCCUGGCCGAAGGCAAAACUGGUGGCUCCCGAUGCACCUCCUGUCCGAGUCACCGAAACGAAGCCUUGCAUUAAGGUAUUCCGAAGCGAGAGCAACAAAGUCAUCCUCGACUUCGGGCAGAAUCUGGUCGGAAAGCUUCUCAUCAAAUCUCUCAAGCUCGAUGCCGGCGAGAAAGUCACAUUCAGGCAUGCAGAGGUCAUGGAGAAUGGCGAACUUGGAACAAGGCCCCUCAGAGAUGCCAAGUGCUUCGAUACCAUCAUCGGCUCAGGCAACGAGCUUCGAGACUGGACACCGAAGUUUACUUUUCACGGCUUCCGGUUUGUCCAGGUUGACGGCUGGCCUGGAGGUGCUCCCUCAGCCGGCGACAUUGAGGCGCUUGUUAUGCAUACCGACAUGAGGCGAAGAGGUUUCUUCGAGUGUUCCAAUCCCCACGUCAACCAACUACAUAAGAAUGUUGUUUGGUCCAUGAGAGGCAAUUUCUUGUCUAUCCCAACUGACUGCCCUCAAAGAGAUGAAAGACUCGGCUGGACCGGCGACCUGCAAGUCUUCUGCCCCACAGCGACAUUCCUGUACGACACGCUGGGAAUACUUGGCAACUGGCUUCAAGACGUUGCGGCAGAACAGCUCGAAGAGGGCAAAGGAGGUAUUCCGCCGUUGGUAGUACCCCUGGCCAUCAGCCCCAACUGGCCGCACAUCGCACAAGCUGUCUGGGACGACGUGACUGUCCUUGCUCCAAGCGUGCUAUACCAGUACAGCUCCGACAAGGGCCUUCUUGAGCGCCAGUUCACAAGCAUGCAAACCUGGCUGGAUCAAGGAGUCGAUCGCGCCCCUGACGGCCUCUGGAACCCAGACAAAUGGCAACUGUCUGACUGGCUCGAUCCUACAGCCCCUCCUGAUGAUCCUGGAAACGGUCGGACAGACAGUAUUCUCGUUGCAAACGCGUAUCUUGUUCACACAACUUUGGUGUUCUCUGGCCUAUGUGCUGCCCUUGGACAGAAUGAUCUCGCUGCGAAGUACGCCGAGGAUGCAGAACGACUGAAGAAGCUAUUCCAACGGCGAUACAUCACGGCGGAAGGCAACCUGAUGUCGAGCUCUCAGACCGGUCUGGGUCUUGCGUUCCAGUUCGACUUAUACCCACAUGAUUCUCUUCAGCGUCAGACAGCUGCAAACGCUCUCGAAAAGCUCGUUCGCACGGCGCGCUUCCGCAUAAGCACUGGGUUCGCCGGAACUCCGGUAAUCUCACACGCACUCACUAAGAUUGGUCGUCCUGAGCUGGCAUACCGCAUGCUUCUUGAGACCAUGUGCCCGAGCUGGCUGUAUGCGGUUGUGGCCAUGGGCGCGACGACCAUUUGGGAGCGCUGGGACAGCAUGCUUCCGGAUGGUCGUAUCAACCCGGGCCAGAUGACCAGCUUCAAUCACUACGCGCUAGGUAGUGUGGCAGAUUGGUUGCAUGGAUCCGUUGGAGGUAUCUCGCCGCUUGAGCCGGGCUGGCGCGCGAUCCGCGUGCGUCCUGUUCCCGGGGGUAACCUUACCAGCGCGCGUGUGUCUUUUGAUGGACCCUACGGACUAGUUUCUUGCGAGUGGAAGUUGGAGGACGGCGUCUUCAGAAUGAAGCUGGCUGUUCCGCCUAGUUGUUCGGCUUCUGUGACGCUGCCCUCGAAACUGAGGAAGGGUUUCGAUGAGACUGAUGAACCGAUUCGCGUGGUCCAGUCUGGAGUUCACGACUUUGAAUGUCCUUUCGAUGCUGGAGAAUGGCCGCCGAAGCCUCUUAUCGCAGCGAAUCAACCUAUGCCGCCUGAUACUAUAGCGGCAUAG